AUUCCUACGCGUAGGCUCACACGCCUGCUCUCUCCUCUUUCUCUCAGAAUGACGAUUCUAGGUACCACUCUUGGUAUGGCUUUCUAUUUACUUCAAGCUGUUUCUGGAGAAAGUGGCUAUGCAGAGAAUGGAGACUUUGACGACGCAGAGCCGGACGACUACUCCUUCUCGUGCUACAGUCAGCUGGAAGUGGAUGGACCUCAGCACUUGCUGACCUGCUCAUUUGAUGACCCGGAUGUCAACAGCACCCAUCUGGAAUUUGAAAUAUGUGGGGGCCUUUUGGACAUAAAUUGCCUGAGUUUUAAUAAACUGCAAGAGAUGUAUUUCAUCAAGACAAAGAAAUUCUUACUGAUUGGAGACAGCAAAAUAUGUGUGAAGCUUGGAGGAAAGAACAUGACUUGCAGAAAAAUGAAAAUAGUCAAAAUAGUUAAACCUGAGGCUCCUUUUGACAUAAGAGUCACCUACCGUGAGGGAGCAAAUGACUUUGUGGUGACAUUUAAUACAUCGCACUUGCGCAAGAAGUAUGUGAAAGAUUUAAUGCAUGAGGUAGCCUACCGCCAGGAAAAAAAUGAAAAUGAUUGGAUGCACGUGAACUUGUCCAGUACAAAGCUGACGCUCCUACAAAGAAAGCUCCAACCCAAUGCGAUGUAUGAGAUUAAAGUUCGGUCCAUUCCUAACACCAACUACUUUGAAGGUUUCUGGAGUGAUUGGAGUCCCAGUUUCCACUUCAGAACGCCAGAGACCAAAAGCACAGGGGAGGUGGAUCCUGUUUUACUAACCAUCAGCAUUCUGAGCUUCUUCUCUGUGGCUCUGAUGGUCAUUCUGGCCUGUGUGUUGUGGAAAAAAAGAAUUAAGCCUAUUGUAUGGCCCAGUCUCCCAGAUCAUAAGAAGACUCUGGAGCAACUGUGCAAAAAACCCAAAAAAAAUUUGAAUGUGAGUUUCAAUCCUGAAAGUUUCCUGGACUGUCAGAUUCAUAAAGUGGACGGCAUUCAAGCGAGGGAUGAAGCGGAAAGCUUUUUGCAAGACCCCCCCCCACAGGUCGAGGACUCUGAGAGGCAGAGGCUCGGAGCGGGUAUGCCAGGUCCCAACUGGCCCUCCAAGCAUUCAGCCAUCACCCCAAAAACUUUGAGAGGAGAGUCACCGUUCAGAUGCCUGGCUGGGAAUGUCAGUGUGGGCGAUGCUCCUGGGCCCCCCUCCUCCAGGUCCCCAAACUGCAGGGAAGGUAGCAAGAAUGGAUCUCUCGUGUACCAGGACAUGCUACUUGGCCCUGGAACCACAGACAGCACCCUGGCCCCUCCGUUUCCUUUCCAGGCAGGAAUCCUGCCGUUGAACCCCUCUGGCCAGGGACAGCCCAUCCUCACUUCCUUGGGGUCUAGUCAAGAAGAAGCCUAUGUCACCAUGUCCAGCUUCUACCAAAACCAGUGAAAGGCCACGUCUACCAAAAGUAGCGAAGGCAAGACAAAGCCACGAAGCUCAUUUUAUUUCACUUUUCUGAAAAAGUACUCAAGGGAGAAUCCUCCAGGAGCCCGAGAUGUCUGUGGUCCUCCUGUUCCUCCCACCCAACUGCAUCCAUUGGUGAUGGGAAAACCUGCUUCUGACUCUGGACAGUGGUGCAUUCGAGCAGCGAGCUGGGGAGUAACCCUUCCAUGCGUGCAGAGACUCUGCAACCCAAAUUUAUCCGCUGUCCCGAUUUCUACUGCCAUGGACAUUGCCACAAACUUCAGGGAUGAAGAAUUUCAAGCCCAUGCUGCAAGUGAACCGACGGUGGCCAUGCUCCUGGAGAUACAGAGAAGAGACAUACUGUUAGUAUUUGACCCGUUGUCUUGCAUUUCUUGGUCUACAUACAUUUUUAAAGGCUGCUCCAAGCCAAAUCAAGGCCACAGAGCAAUCUCCUCUUACAGGAGGGAGCUGAUCCCUCUCCUUAGGCUCCCAGACCCAGGCAGGGUGGAGGCAGCAGGGAAAGUAAAAAAGGACAUUGGUCCAGGACUGAUGUUGU